AUGGUGCCUUCUUCAUUACCAACACAAAGCUUCUUCAUCAAGAUUGCUGUCUCUGCCACUCUCAUUAUCUUUCUUCUACCUUUGCUAUUUUCCAUAACAGAUGGAUCUGAAGGAAUGAAAAUGGUGUUGGGUUCACGGCCGCCGGGUUGUGUGAACAAAUGCAUGAAUUGCCGACCAUGCAUAGCGACUUUAGUGGUUCCUCCUCGACCAAAGAAUUUUAAUUCUCGAGGAAAUGAUGAUAAUGACGGUUAUUAUCUUCUCUCUUGGAUGUGUCGAUGUGGGAAGAAGAUUUAUCAACCGUAA